UUUCUUUUAUGCAUUCUGGUGGAACAAAAUCCUUUAUUCAAUACUUACAUGAAGAGGUAGUAUUUUUUUUUCGUAUAAUAGCAUUAAAAUAUUAUUAUAUUUUAAUUUUAUUUAUUAUUUAAAUGUAUUACAGAAAUCAAAACAAAGCAUAGGUGAUGAAGUACAACAACAAACUAUGAAGUGUGGAGAGAUCGAAAUGUUUCGAAAAACUCAUUAUACGAUUGAGAAUGGAUGGAUCAACGAAAUAGCCAAGGAAAAAUAUGUAUGUUAACUUUAAAAGUUAGUAAUUUUAUUUAAUCGUUUUUGUAAAAGUAAUAAUUCAUUAUUUUAUUGUUAUUGUAGAAUGAAAUGGUUGAGUUGCGACGAGACAAACUUAUUCAAUUUGAAGAUGGCUUGCUACUAGUAGUUGAUGAGGCUGCUAUAUAUAGGCAGGUGUUAGGUGAAGGAAAAUACGGUUGGUUACGAGGUUUAGGUCCUACACCUGGAAAAAAGAUCUCAGUGGAAUUAUCAUCCAAACAUAAAGAGAUUGAAGAAGAACGUUUGGACAAAUUAGAGAAAAUCAUUGAAGAUCUAAGGAAGGAUCAAGAUAAUAAUGUUGCAAGAAUCGUUCAAGAGAAUAUGAAAAUAUUCUAUGAAUCACAACAAGGCAGAUUAUUAGAGGAACGAUCAUCAGAGUCACCAAUCAGAAUUCCAUCAAUGGAUAAACAAAAUAGUUUUUUCACGCAACUGGAGCCAAGUAAAGAAAAAGAUCAACCCUCAUCUUCACAAAAACCCACUAAAUCGUCCUCAAAUUUAGAAGAAGUGCGAGAUUCUCCAAUUAAAUUUGAGAUUCCUAAGGACACUCCAAAGGGUGUAAAAGCUGCUUUACUAGCUGUUCGAUUUAUAAAAGCUUCACACACUUUUUCCAUGGUCAUAGACCCAGAAAUUUUGGAUAAUGAUGAAUAUUUACAUAUUUCACCUAUUGAUGUAAUUCAUCUAGGCACUAUGAAACGGAUUGGAGCUGCUUGCAUAGUAUUUUACAUUAGGAUCUUACAUGAAAAGUUGGUGAAGGCAAAUCGAGCACAAUAUUUUCGUUUCUUUCAUCCAAUUUUAGCUUUGGAUUCAUGUCAAGCACAAAAUGCAAUGACAAUGGCAGAUCGCAUGGAAGGAACAGAAGCGGGACAAUUUUGGUUGCUUUCUGUUAAUACUGGAGACCAUUGGAUGCUAGCAAUUAUUGAUGUAUUGCGUGAAACAUGUUAUUGGCUUGACUCAAUUGGAUUACCCCCACCUAAUAAAAUUAAAUCUCUAAUGGCAAUGACUUUUGAUUACUACAAUGCUUCCAGUAAUAGGCAGCCAAAAAAGUCUGGCAUUACAUGGAAAUCUAUAAAAUGGAAUGGGAAAAAAACUUAUACAAAACAAGAAAUUGAUGAAAUUCGUUUGGAAUGGGCUGACCAAUUUUUAGAAGAAAUUAUAGAAGAUGGAGUGCUUUAA